UGUUCUGCAUUCGCGCGAAUUCCACAACUUUGGGCAUACUUGCCAUUUGGCGCUCGAUUACCAAGCGCUUUUCAGAGUACUUUGUUCGAUCGUCAUGUACAGAGCUGCAGCUUCACGAAUCAGGUCUCUAAUGAUUUUCCAGCUCUAGUGCUGUUGCCUCAAAAGUACAAAUCUUCUGGGGGUCUCUUUGGCUGGUUGCUUCGAGACCGUUCUAUAUCAUCUCCACUAGACUUUCCCCUGUCAGAUGUGAAUCUUCCGUCUCCAUUGCCAGAUUAUGUUGAAUCUACCCCCGAGUCUGCUAUAAAUAGUCUGAGUGGUACAGUUUUGGAGAAAUUUGUUUCUGAAAAUUAUACUGCAGCUCGGAUAGUACUUGCAGUAUCUGGCGUUGAACACGAGGAACUCUUAUCCAUUGCUGAACCACUUCUAUCUGACCUUCGAAGUGUUCCUCGUGAGGUGCCAAAGUCAGUGUACAAUGGGGGCGAUUAUCGUCAUCAAGGUGAUACUGGGGAACUCCCAGGCGGCUGGCAUAAGGAGAAGGAUGCUAUGGCCUCAACUGUUCUUCAGAAUCACUAUGUUGAUCUUGAUGGUAGAAUUGUUUGGUUGAUGAUAUACUUUUUUGAGGGUUCUAAUUUCGUGCCAAAAGCCUUCGAUAUUGCAGCUAGUGAACUGUUAGCCAUUGCAACGCCUGAAAAAGUUGAACAGGGGCAGCUAGAUCGUGCCAAAUAGUCAAUAAACUCAUCUGUGCUAAUGAAUUUGGAAUCCAGGGUGGUUGCUUCAGAGGACUUUGACAUAUGGUGAAGGUUAGUCAUGUUCCGAGCUAUGAUUCUGUCAGCAGCAAGUUUAAGUCAAAGUGACCAAUCGCUUCUUUUGAAUCAAACUAGUCUGGCAGACUAGCAUCGAACAUAGGAAUUGCUGUCUUCAAGCCUUGUACGGUCACUCUGACUUCUGAAAACAAGGAAAAGCAUUAAGUUACUCAGAUCUCUGCUAAAGGAUUGGUUGGAUACAUACGAGGUAUUAUUCUCCAAAGGUACCUGUACGAAUUGCUUGAAAAUGUGUAUAUUUCUUCAGAAAGAUGCCUCCAACAUCUAACUUCAAGAUGAUGGAUAUGAUUAAUGCAUAAUCUAAAACUACUAAUUAUAUUAUUAUUCUU